AUGCCCGAUCUCGGAUUUGACCCACUCAACCGCGAACCGCCAGCUACUGAACUGGUAUCAUCGUUUCUCACUACAAAAGAUGCCUACGACCGCAACCAUGGAGGCAUACCAGAGAUAGAGGCGUCGAAACACCAUGUGCGAGUCGAUGGCGCAGUGCAGGAUAUAUUGGACCUGUCAAUAUCUGACCUGGAAGCCUUGCCUCAACAUACUGUCGUCUCUGCGCUUCAAUGUGCUGGCAUCAGAAGACACACUAUGCGUACAGCCAUCAAGGAGGUUCAGGGUAUUGACUGGUUCGACGGAGCAGUCAUGAACUGCAAAUGGCGGGGUCCGAGAUUGAAAGACAUUCUGGAACAGGCAAAGGUGAUUCUUACCAAGGAAGAAAAAGGCCAUGUAGCAUUUGCAAGCCAUGCGCAGCCAUGUCAGGAGGACGAUUGGUACGGAGCCUCGAUAGAUCUUGAAAGGGCACUGGAAGAAGACAAAGAUGUGAUAUUGGCACUUGAGGUGAGACGAUGUGAUGGCCAAACACAUGAUACAUUGAUGGCUGACUUUCUCAGNAUGAAUGGCAAGCAACUUACCAAAGAGCAUGGAUUUCCUGUUCGAGUGGUGGUUCCCGGUAUUGCUGGUGCUCGGAGUGUGAAGUGGCUAGAUCGGAUCACAGUGCAGACGAUGGAGAGUUCCAAUUACUAUCAACAACAUGACUACAAGAUCCUUCCGCCGGAAGCAGUGGACAGCGAAUCUGCAGAGAAGUAUUGGGACACAACGCCAGCACUUCAGACUAUGCCGAUCAACAGUGCGAUCGCAGUACCAGAACCAGGAUCGAGAGUGGAAAGGUCAGCAGAAGGUAAGGUGACAGUAAAGGGAUUUGCUUUGCCCAGUGGGGAUGGUGGAGCUGUGGUCAAAGUUGAAGUAUCCGGAGAUGAAGGAAAGACAUGGACAGAAGCAGAGAUCGAGCACGAUGCAGACGAAAGCAGGUGGUCGUGGAGGCUCUGGAAAGCAAGCCUUCCGAUGGAGGCAGGUGCAGGGCUGAAGAUGUUUAGCAGAGCGACCGAUGCAUCAGGCGAGACACAACCGGAAAGAUCGCAGUGGAAUUUGAGGGGCGUGGCAUACAACGGGUAUGGAGAGACGACAGACCUUGAGGUGGUGUAG